UUCUGACCAACUAAAAGGCCAAGGAUUCUGUCAGAUAGCACUUGGGUCCUAUAGCUGAGAUUUCCUUUUCUGUGACCCACCUACCUGGUAUUUCCACCAAUGUAUUUGAGAUUUAGGAUUCUCUUCUGUUACUAUAAAAUUUGCUGAAACUGUUAGCAUGUUAGAACAUGGAAUUUGAGUAACCUAAAUCAGUGUCCCUUAGCCACUGUCACACAAAUUUGGCUCCAGAAUAAACUAUCUCCUAUCCUCUUUGAGUACAAGAACCGGAAAUGGAAAGCUCUGCAAAAACAGAAAAAUAUGAAAAGAUGUCUUUUGACAAGGCAAAAGUGUCCAUAGAUUCUGAAACAGAAUCUCCUCCAAGUGUUAACGAAUCCAUUGCUGCAUCUGGGCCAAAGCUUUCUGAGAAGACUCCUACAUGCCAGCCAAAAGUCAGGAAAGAGUUUGAAGGUGGUCUCAUGGAGGAAAAUUCGAGUUGUGUGGAGGACUCUCCAUCCAAGAAGAGAAAACUCGAUGUUGAGAAUGAGGAAAAAUGCUCGGGUGAUGAUGGAGGUGUCUCAAAGAAAAGGAAACUGGAAGGGGGUGAUGUUUCCGGAGACGAGCCUUCCUCUGGAGGGGCCACCCAGAGAGAGAGAGAACUGCAGUCCGAGGACGUUGCAGAAAAGCGGAAAAAGCUGGAGGCAGGACACAGCUCUGCCGUCGCUGCCCACUAUAACGAGCUUCAGGAAGUGGGUUUGGAGAAGCGCUCUCAGAGUCGCAUCUUUUACCUAAGAAACUUUAAUAAUUGGAUUAAAAGUAUCCUUAUUGGGGAAUUUUUAGAAAAGGUACGACAAAGGAAAAAUCGUGACAUCACUGUUUUGGACCUAGGAUGUGGAAAAGGUGGAGAUUUGCUCAAGUGGAGGAAGGGGAGAAUUAGCAGGCUGGUGUGUGCUGAUAUUGCUGAUGUUUCUAUGAAACAGUGUCAGCAGCGCUAUGAAGACAUGAAAGGUCGUCGUGAUAAUGAAUAUAUGUUUAAGGCAGAAUUUAUAACUGCUGACUGCUCAAAGGAACUUUUGGUUGAAAAACUUCAUGAUCCAGAAAUGCGCUUUGACAUCUGCAGUUGUCAGUUUGCUUGCCAUUACUCCUUUGAGUCCUCGGCGCAAGCUGAUAUGAUGCUCAGAAAUGCUUGUGGAAGGCUUGUCCCUGGGGGCUAUUUUAUUGGUACCACCCCCAAUAGCUUCGAACUGAUAAAACGCCUUGAAGCUUCAGAAACAGAAUCAUUUGGAAAUGAAAUAUACACUGUGAAAUUCCAGAAGAAAGGAAGUUAUCCUUUAUUUGGCUGCAAAUAUGACUUCAACUUGGAAGGUGUUGUGGAUGUCCCUGAAUUCUUGGUCUAUUUUCCAUUGCUAACUGAAAUGGCAAAGAAGUACAAUAUGAAACUAAUAUAUAAAAAAACAUUUCGGGAGUUCUAUGAAGAAAAAAUUAAGAACAAUGAAAACAAACUGCUCUUAAAACGAAUGCAGGCCCUGGAACCAUACCCUGCAAACGAUAACUCUAAACUAGCCUCUGAAAAGGUCAGUGACUACGCACAUGCUGCCGAGUACAUGAAGAACAGUCACGUAAGGUUUCCUCUGGGAACCUUAAGUAAGUCAGAAUGGGAAGCUACAAGUAUCUACUUGGUCUUUGCCUUUGAGAAGCAGCAGUGAGCAGUUAAUUGCCUCCGAGCAGCACUCCAUCCUUACAGAUGGAACAGACCAUCUCAGAUACAUUUGACAGCUGUUUGUUUAUUUACUAGUAAGUUCUCAAUGUGUAAGAUGCUGCCAACAAGCCCAGUGUAUAGAUUUGACACUGUCUGUGACAGGUUAGCAUUGUGUGUGUGUGUGUGUGUACAUAAGAAUGCUUUGUCUUUACGAUCUAUUUUUAUGUAAUAGUCUAAGAAUUGGUUCCCUCUGCUAUCAGAAACUAUAACAAAGCAUGUCAGAGCACCUGACCUCUCCCCAGUGCUGAUUGCUGAGUGUGUUUACGGAGUUGAAUUUACAACAGCUGUAGACUUGGCAAAGGAGUGCUAGCUUGCCGCCGUGCACUCCAAGUUUUGUUACAGUGUUUUUCAGUAUGAAAUGGAUUGUGUUCUAUACAUUUGAAUGUAAGUGUUCAAUUAUAUAUUGCUAAAGUUAUAAGAUUAAAACUUGAUUUUAGAUUGUUAUUAAGAGCUACCUGGCUAGAUUUUGACUGUGUUUCAAUAAAAUAACUGUUUGCUAAUACUAUGAAAUUCUGAGACUUUAUAGAAGAUUUUAGAUGGCAGCAUAGAGAUAUUGUGGAAUGGUUUGGUAUUCUGUUAAGAAUUUCCUACCAUAGAAAUUAAUAUAUCCAAUUAUUGAGAUUAAUUAAGGUACUUUUAACUUUCUUCAUUGGACAAUGAUUCAAUGGUUAGAUUUUCUUAAGAUUUGUGAAAAUGCCAUGUCAUAGUCCUGUUACAUAUUUUCUUCAGUGCAUGUAUGCAGGUGCAGCAGGAGGUGUGCCGUGAGGGAAAGAGGUAGACUUCAGGUGGAUCCUCACCAAUAGGAGACCUCAGUUAGAUGCUGUAUCCUUCCCAAUCCCAAACAAGCAAGCCAUGCUCUUUUCUUCCACCAUUGGUAUUCACACAGCAGAGUCCACUGUCUGAUUGUCAUUCAGACAUGCAUUUGUUGAGGCAUAUAUCAUAUAGAGGUUGGCAUGGCUGCCUUCCAAGUAUUUACUUGCUGUCUCACAACCAAUAAAAUUGUCAUUAAGUUGUCAAUUGCAGAAUUGACUUCUAGAACUGAUGCCUGUGUGAACUGCUAUUGUACAUUUACGAAAUCUGACAGCCUUUAGAUACAUCAAGAAACUUAAAAACGAAUACAAUUAUAUUUUCUUUUAAAAAUCAUGUAUUUAAAGGACAAUUUACAAAGAUCAUGCUUUCUAUAAAAAUCUAUAGUACUUGCUUUAAAAGUAGUAAGCUUUGGGCUGGAGUGAUGGCUCAGCAGUUAAGAGUUCUGGCUGCUCUUGUAGAAGACCCAUAUUCAGUUACCAGCUUCUAACUGUCUCUAACUCCAGUUUUUGGGGCUCUGACACCGGUUUUGGUCUCCAUAGGUACCAGGCAUGCACAUAAUGCAUAUACAUACAUGCAGGCAGAACACUCAUACAUACAAAAUAAAAAUAAUUAUUAAAAAAUUAAAAGCAUAAUCAGUUUAUAUAUUGUCACUGCUCAUAGUAUUAGAGAGUAUCUUUUGUGCAGGGUUUGGGGUGUGGGAAUGAAAGUUCUUGCUCUUAGAAAUUUAGGCUCAUUUUAUCCCUGGGGAAGACACUACUAAG